AUGCCCUCUUCGUCACCCACCUCUUCGCCAAGCGUCAGACUUUCUCUGUCCCACACCAGUGCCUUGCGGGAGAACCCAAAGGCGCUCUUUACUCGACCCCCGUCGCGAGCUCAGCCCUCCGCCCCCGCCGUACGCCGCCUAUUCGGCGUUCACGGACCCCAUGCCUUCCUCACAGACCAGCCCUAUGUGCCUUCGCCGGCGGGACGGCGGCCGGGAUGGCCGCCUGACAACCGCGUCUGGCUGUCGGUUGGGAGCUCACAUUCGCCGGAGAUCUCGCCGGAGACUUCUUGUAGAAGAAGUAGUGCGCCGAGCUCGGACUGUCAACGGGAAAAACGGCGACUCUCUUUUCCGUCUUCUCCGCUUCAUCUUGUCAUCUCUGCGGGUUUCGCGGCGGCUCAGCGCGGCCCUCCCGGAGCGACCGGGACGGGGCUCGGGGAGGGGCUCCCGAUCUCGGCCCUCCGGAGCGCGGCCGUCGCCGGGCUAAAACUAACAUCGGAGGGCUAA